CUCCAGUUCCAGUUCCACUAGUUCCUGCUGGACACAAAGUUAUUUCUCAUUAGUUUAUUUCUGUUUUUCCAACACGGACGUCAUUUAAUCAGAUAAAUCAGAUAAAUCAGCUUCAUCUUCAUUGAUUUUUUAAAUUAAGGACGUUUAUUUGUUCAAAGCAGCGUUUGAUAAGGCGUCAAUCCAGAACUACAGCUGAAGAUGAGGCUACACUUCGUCCCGGUCCUGGUCCUGGCUCUGGUGCUCGGCGCGGCCGCCAGGACCCUGGAAACGAGCUCGUCGCCGCGGCGACUGCUGCUCAUUUCCUUCGACGGGUUCCGGUGGAAUUACGACCAGGACGUGGAGACGCCGAACCUGGACCAGCUGGUUCUGGACGGAGUCAAAGCCCCGUACAUCACCCCCCCCAUGCUGACCAUGACCUCGCCCUCGCACUUUACCACCAUCACCGGCAGGUGGGUUGAAGACCACGAGGUCGUCCACAACAUGAUGUUCAACUCGACCACCAACCAGAAACUUCCUCACAAACAGGCCAUGCUGCGGUCGGAGUGGUGGGACAACGGAGUGCUGCCCUUAUGGAUCACCGCCCAGAACCAGGGUCUAAAAACCGGUUCCUUCUACUUCCCGGGAGGGUCGGUGAACUACAGCGGCCAGUCGCUGCACCGGUCGGUGCCGCAGGAGGCCCGCCGGCCCAACGACAACGAGACCGAGUGGCAGCAGAACAUCGAGACGGUGCUGGGCUGGUUCUCCAAGGAGAACUUCAACCUGGUGACGCUUUACUUCAACGAGCCGGACAACGUGGGCCACCGCGUGGGCCCGGACACCCCGCGCAGGAAGGAGAUCGUCCGGCAGAUCGACCGCAUCGUGGGCUUCCUGAGAGACGCCAUCGCCCGCCACGGCCUGGCCGACGACCUGGACGUGGUCAUCACCUCCGACCACGGCAUGACCACGGUGAAGAAACGGCCGGCGGUGGAGGAGAUCGUCCUCAACAAGUACCUGAACCUGCUGAAGCUCGCCAGCUUCGAGAUCCUGGACUACGGCGGCUUCGGCAUCGUCACGCCGCGGCCCGGGAAGGAGCAGGAAGUCUUCGAUAAACUCUCCCUGGUUCCCAACGUGACGGUGUAUAAAACCCGGGACAUGCCGGAGAGUUUCCACCUGGGGAAGAGUGAGCGGCUGCCGCCCAUCGUGGUCAUCGCGGACCUGGGGUUCAACCUCAACUCGAGGUUCAUCGUCUACGUCAACAAGGGCGACCACGGCUUCCACAACUGGGAGAUGGACAUGAAGACCAUCUUCCGGGCCUUCGGGCCGAGCUUCAAGAAGAACUUCGUGUCCGAGCCGUUCGACAGCGUCCACAUCUACCCGCUCAUGUGCAAACUGCUGGGCAUCCAACCGGCGCCGCACAACGGCUCGCUGGCCGUCACCGAGGACAUGCUGAACUCUGGUGGAUCCUGUCGCCUGUCCGUCGCGGUUCUGCUGGUCGGACUUCUCUUCGCUCUGCUGUAGCUGAUCCGGAUCCAGGACCAGAACCAGAACCUUCAUCCAUCCAUCCAUCCAUCCAUCCAUCCAUCCAUCCAUCCAUCCAUCAUCCAUCCAUCCAUCAUCCAUCAUCCAUCCAUCCAUCAUCCAUCCAUCCAUCCAUCCAUCCAUCCAUCCAUCCAUCCAUCAUCCAAUCUAUCUAUCCAUCUAUCUAUUUAUCUAUUGUGGUGGCAAAAAUUGUUGUUCGUUCAAUAAAGUUGUUCAAAAAUGAA